GAAUACCAUCCACAAACGCGUAGUGCGCCGCACCUCUCACGUUAAUGCAACGCGAUUACAGUUUUCUAGACGGAAGUUUUGGUUUCCUGAGUGUUGAAACGGCGGAGUUCCAUUAAAGAAGCGACCGGAUCGAUUACUAAAGGUCAGCUCGCGGUUAAAGGUAUGAUUCACGACGGCUUCUUGUGAGAAAUAGGAAUAUCCCAACGGAGUAGAACGUUCUGUCCUGCCGACCGGUCGUAAGAAACUGGACGGACACCGCAUCUUCUGAAACCAUUGGUCGAAUCUCCAUAUUUGCUUUAUCUUCAACCCACCUGAACAAAACGUCAUCCGCAAUGGACACCGAAAAUAUUGACGAUGACUUCCAAAACGAGGCGCCUCAGGAGCCAAUGCCCGAGGAAAAGCCCAAGAAAAAGGUCAAGAAGGUCAAGGGUGAGACCAAAACCAAAAAGACCAAAAGCAAACAGAAAAUCGAGAAGCAGAGCAUUUCUGUGAAAUCAAGCUUUUCAAAGUUUGAUGCCAUUGAGAAAUCCAGCUCUCGAAUUCACGUGCGAUCAAACGACGCGAGCGAAGCUGCAAGAACGUUUUCCAAGCAGGAGGUCGAUACCGGGUCGAAACUGUGCCGCAAGUGCGACAGGCAGGUGUUCCAGAUGGAGCAAAUUAAAGCCGAGAGGGCCGUGUGGCACAAAUCCUGCUUCCGGUGCAAAGAAUGCAACAAACAGUUGUCAAUUGACACGUACGGCAGCCACGAGGGAGAGCUGUACUGCAAGCCUCACUUAAAGGAGCUCUUCAAGCCUAAGGUCGUCGAGAUUGAGGAGGAUAUCAAUCCCUUACGCAGGUUGAAGCCGAAAAUGAUCAUCUGUGAAAAUACUCCGGAGGAGCUUCCCCCCGAUGUUGUCAGAGCCAGCGAGAAGCCUGAUCUUGGACUGGAUGAGCUGGGCGGAAUCAACAUCAAGUCCCGGUUCCAAGUCUUUGAAAGCAGUGCCAACGGAAAGGAAGAAGACGAAGAAUCUACAGGCAACAAAGUUUUUGUCAAGCGAUCUCCAAGCAUCCUGAGCAAAUUGGCAAAGUUCCAGUCGAAAGGGAUGAACGUUGGCGUGGAUGAUGACUUUUUGAACGGCAUCCCAAUUGAAGAUUCAGACUCGGCUUCGGAAGGUGGCGAUCUGAACGACGAAUCUGAGGACGAGGAUGGAGAAAAGAGGGAACGGUCACACAAAAAGUUAGAUGACGUCAAGAAUAUGUGGGAAAUGACGUCGCAGGAGAGGCGUGAAGCGCAGAAAGCGGAGAGAAAGGAAGAAAUGCAAAAGUUGCGAUCAAAACUGUUAAUGGGAAAAUGCGACCGUGUCAAGGAAAUGUACGCCCAGGCGGUGCAGGAUUCGUCGAGUCAGAAAGCUCCGAGCAAAGCAGCAGAAGAGCUGGAAAUCAUCCAGGCCCAAGCCAGGGCCCUGAGGGAGCGCUUCGAAAGAGGAGAUGUCACAAAUGCGGACGAAGAUGAUGACGAGGACCAGAAGAAGGACAAGAAUGGCGAGUUGGAAGGAGUGGAAUUCGUUACCUCAAAGAAGUCUCGUUCAUUGUUCCUGGAGAUGGAGUCCGCUGCCAAACAGCCCAACCAACCGCCUCCCAAGCUCAGAACACCCACCACUCCGUCAGCUAAGAUAUCUUUCUUAAGAAACAGUUUGAUUGCUAAUGAUGAGGACAUCGUUAAAUCGUCAGACAAAAUCAGCGAUGUUGAUGUUGAGACAGAAACGAUCACUUCAAGGUUUAAAUUCUUUGAGCAGUAUCAACAAAAUCAACCUGAUAAACCGAAGAAAGUGUUCAGAAUUACUCCUCCCAGGGACGGAGUUGUCAAGGAGGGUUCUCCAGACAGACCAAUCUACAGGGAUGACGACGUGGCAAGGGAAGCGGACAAACCGAUGGAGGAGGAGUUGGUGCGCAGCCAAACCGCGAGCCGCAUGCUCAACUUGUUCCGCCAAAUGGAGAUGGAAGGCAGCAGGGAAAACGUUCCAGCCGGCCCUAAGCCGCUGAAAUGCUUCACUCCGCCCCCAGAUUACAGACCAGAUGCGUCGGAGGAGUCCGACGAGGAGGAAUCUGAGGAAGAGGAGGAGGGAGACGAUGAGGAAGAGGAGGAGGACGAGGACAGGAUUCCUGGCGUCAUCAGAGCCUCAGACAAGAUCGAGGAUGAAUUCUUGAAAUCGGCGCGGAACGCAGCUCACGCGAGGACGUUGAGGGCCAAAUUCGAGAGGUGGGAGAACAAAGAGAGGGAAAACGAGGACGACGAGGACGAGAACAGGGACGAGAUGUGCGAGAGGGAAAGUCUGGAGUCGACGGCCAACUUGCGGGCCAUGUUUGAAAGCAUGAACAAGCCAACAAACCAUGGCGUGCUCACUAGAGAGACGCCAAGAGUCAACAGAUUCGUGACCGACGAACCGCAAACUGCAGAUCUACUUCUAUUCGAUCUAGAAGCCAAGAAAUAUGGAGCAAUACUUUUCGCUGUUGCAGUGAGCUCGGCAGCUUUGGAAGAAGAGAAUCCAGCACCGACCUCACCUCCAGUCACCAACCAACUUAUUGACCUACUCGAUUGAGAUCUAUAUUAAUUGUUUUUUUUACAAUGAUACAAUCAUUUGGCACUCAUUGGCAUAACGUUGUCUAGUCUCGAUGACACACUCAGUAACAAUUUAGGAAUUAGGAAGCUUUAUUCUUGCCCCGUCUUCCCCCGUGACACGCUUGAAUUAAUUAUCUUGCCAGCAAAGCUAUCUCUCUGAUUGUGUGUUCCGUAAUAACGUAAAAGCUUUACAUUCAAAGUGCUAAUUCGAUUUUGGCAUUUUUCGAACGGAUAAUGUUGUAGGAAUUUCAAAACGCAAGUUUGCUCUCUCAUAGGUGUACAUUUUUGGAAUUUUUGACAAGAGUAUUUAUAUAUUUACACUCUCUCACACCUCGUCCUCACACACACUCACACCUUUUUCACAAAUAUUUUAUUGGUGUUGUCCAAUCCAAAGCUCAAAAUUGAUUUUUGUGUAAUCUCCGGCUCACUUUUUUAAAAAGGAAACAUGAAACGUGUUAGAGCAAUAAUAGGUGCGUAAAAGCAACAGAACUGUCUAUUUCUAGCUUAAGCAUAUUAUGUUACCAGUGUAAUAGCUUGUAGAUCGUUCAUUCAUUAAAAAUGAGACGUAAUUUGUUGACGUGAGACCUGCUACAUCAAAAUUAUUAUCACUUCCGCAAAGUGUUUUAUAGGAAAAUUGUUAAGCAAGCAUGCUUUGAAAUGCGCCAACUCAAUUUAUAUAUAAAUAUAUCCUGUAGUGUUCCCACUGAAACUCUGAUGGAUUGUUGUGUCUAAACACUUAAUUGUAAAACUACAUUAUUUGCUGCAAAUCUAUUUAUUGAAAAAGUAUUUAAUGUUGCUUUAUACAUAUAUAUCUGAUUAAAGUUUCUUUGCAUGCUCCUAAA